AUGGCACUUAAUGAGAACUGGAAACCAUCCGUCAAAAUUGAUCAACUGUUAACUGCACUCGCAGAGUUACUCUGUUCGCCGCAGCUUGGUUGUGUCCUUCGUCCCGAAUUAGCUGAACUAUAUGUCAAAGACACUGAUGCGUACAAUAGAAAUGCAUCAGAAUUCUGUACGCACUACGCCGAAAAAAAAACUCAAUGCUAA